CAAAUGAAAUCGAUUUGCGUUUUUAUUUUGUUUUAAUUCCACUAAUAGAGACGAUAUGGUGACAUUCAGGGGUUUGACACGAGCUGUUUCUUGCUUCAGCACGUCGGCGUGGAUUAAAGAAAAAAUCAGAGUGAAUUUAAAUAAAAUGCUUCAAAAAGAGCGCAAGACGCAGGCAGUUUCAGAUGGAGAGUUGAACAUGUCGAGGUUUUUGGGAACAGGCAGCAGCCCGAGUCUGAGCAGCGGCUCUGCUGGUGGAGAACUUCGUCAAGGUGAAGAUGGUCCGGCCAGCAGGGUGGUCAGCUGGGCUGUGUGCUUCGAGCGCCUGAUGGAGGACCCAGUUGGAGUGCGUUAUUUUACCGCUUUUCUCAAAUCAGAGGUGAGUGAUGAGAACAUCCUCUUCUGGCAGGCCUGUGAGAAGUUCCAGAAGACUCCAGAUACCAGUCUGGAGGAGCUGAAGAGGCAAGCCCACUCAAUCUACGAUCUGUAUCUGUCCGAGAGCUCCUUCAGUGCCGUGAACAUAGACGACACGGCACGAGUCAACAAGAGUGACCUGGAGAAACCAACACCAGAAAUGUUUAGCAAAGCCCAGCAACAGAUCUAUAAGCUGAUGAAGUUUGAUAGUUAUGCGCGCUUCGUCCGCUCUCCACUCUAUCAGAACUGCAUGCUGGCCAGUGUAGAAGGACGUCCGUUGCCUGACAUCGAGCCUCAAAAGUCCGUCACUCCAACCAGUGGCAGGAAGAUCACAAGCGUGAAAACACCGUUGUCUGACAGCAAAUCCAACAAAAGGAAGACGCUUGAGAAGAGAGGAUCAUGGGGAGCAGACGUGUCUUACCGGCAGGUCACAGUGUCGAGGCAGGAGUCUCAGAUCUCUGUGAAAUCCAGCAGCAGUGUGGAGUUGGGGUCACUAUCGAACAGAUCAGAGGACGGCAGCUCGAGUCCUCUCGGUUCAGAGCCAAACCCGCCAGCUCGAGCGGAUAAGUACUGCUGUGUGUUUUUGCCCGACGGCACGGCCAGCCUUGCUCCGGCUCGAGCCGGUCUGACUCUGCGGGACAUGCUGAGCAGUCUGUGUGAAAAAAGAGGCUUCCCUAUGAAAGACAUCGUGAUCUACCUCCAGGGCAAGGAUAAGAAUGUGUGUCAAAAGCAACAGCCUCUGUCUUUGGACCAGGACAGUUCUGUCCUGCAGGAUCAGCAAGUCACUCUGGACCUAAGAGUAACAUUUACGCUGGAGAUAGCGUUCACAGGCAAGACGAUAGGCAUCAUGGCCAAAUCGAGUAAGACACUCGGAGACGCCGUUUCCUCCGUUCUACAGAAGCAUGAGCUACGACCACAGGAUGCGGUCAUCACCGCGAGUGGAUCUAAAGAACCCUUGAAAAUGGACACCACCGUGUUACGCCUUGGCAACAAGACUCUUUGUCUGGAUCGAGUCAAAAGUGGCGGCGACGAGAAGGGAAAUCCGGCUGUAGACCGAAGCCGGACAGGCAACAAGCCCAAAAACGAGAUGGACGGUCUGGUGGAGAUGCUGACUCGCGUGCAGUGCAGCCGAGCCGACGACCAGCGUGGCUUAUUAACCAAAGAGCAACUGGAGCUGCCGUCGUUCUUGCAGGUUCCCGCAGGGCAGCAUAAAGGAGGAGAGGGACAGAGUACACAACAGAAACCCGAGGCCUUACAGAAGAGCUGCUCGAGCGAACACACGAAAGCUGCCAAGAAAGCAGCAGAUGAGGAGAAGCCACUUGUUAAUGGAAAUCAUAAAGACUCUAAUAGAGAGAAGAAAAUAGAACAGUGUGUGUGAGCAAGCUCUGCCAAAGGGAUGGCACUUUGAGUGUGUGUGUGUGUGUGUGUGAGAGAGAGAGAGAGAGAACCAGGCUUCAUAUUUAUCAUAUUUUCCCCACAUUUUAUUUAGUAAGGACCGUAUCCAAUAAUCCCGUGUAUUAAGAAUAAAAAACAAAACAGAAGCAAAGAGAACGAAGUGCAGAGAUUUCAGUAUGUUGUAUUUAUUUUGUCCCUAGUUUUAGCACUAUGAUCAAGCGUGCUCAUACUAUAUUUAUUUAGUGUCUGCACUUUCAUGCACUUGCACAUGCUUUAUAUGAAUUUUUUUUUAUUCACUCGUUUUUUUUCACUUGAAUGAAUUUGUCCUUAAAAAAAGGAAUGAACUCUUUUGUAUGUUGUAUUAGUAUUUCUGCUGAAUGUCUGUUUUGUUCUCUGCACCGUUGCCUUUGCUCUAUCGAUCUAAUACAGUCUGACGCUGAAAGAGCUGUGAAUGAACUCUGUUUAAUUCAUAAGAUACAGUCACUCAGAGAAACUCCAGAUGUUGAUUUAAAAGGUGAAGGAAGUACCUGACCUAAAAAUAUAAUGGAACAAAGGUGGUGAAAUGUGUGUUUAACUCAAGGGAAAAAAGUAAACAAUUGGAACAGAA